AUGUCCUCAUUGAAAGCGAUUGACAAGAAAGUUGCAACUAAAAAACAAGUAUACAAACCAAUCCUAUCCAGUCCUUACGUCAAUGACUUACAUAGUUGGCCGCAUGUGAACGAACAGCCGUUUGUUGUUGAACUUUUCAAAUCCACUAUUUUAAAUAAGUGCAUUCAUCUGAGCAAUGUUGAUAUGAAAGAUUGGCCAUGGACGAUUGAAGUAGAUUAUAAUAAGAUAGUUUCUUUAUUGUCUUCAAACACUGGUCAGAGGCCUUUGGCAUUUUUCCUCUUUGUGUGUAAUAAAGACACCAAAUAUAUACCAUCUAUUAUAUUACAACAUAUCCCUGCACUAUGCUAUCUAUCUCCGCAUGAAGUAACAAUUAUACAAUUACCAGCAGGCUCCUUUGAAAUGAUCAAAAAGCACGGUAUAAACAUCCAACAUGGUCUUUUAUUAUUGUAUGUCAAUGAUCAAUUGGAUGAUAAAUUUGUAUCUGCUAUAAAGGAGAGAGUGGAGAAUGUAUCACAACCUUGGCUAGACGAUUUGACCAGAUACAGAUCUACUCAAUUGGAUCUUUUGAAGACGACCCAACCAUUACGCUGA